UAACUCACAGGUCAAUGGCCUCUCUGGCUGCUGUGCAGGUGUGAGCUGGCAGGGUGCAGGGACAGAUGUGGGGCUGAUUACCUCUGCAGUCCUUGGUAGCUUGGUACUGCCUGGGUUAAUGACACCGGCUCUGAGAUAAGGCCCAACCCUCUUGAUACCCAGGCGUUACUCCACCAGCUCCUCUUCAUUGAGAAAAGCUUAUCAGUUGUCCAGGGUUAUACCAUCAGUCACCUGGCAGAGCACAUAGUUGUUUUUCACAGAGUGUAUUGACAAGUCAAGGUCCACUUAGCAGGCCGGGCUGUCCUAUAAAUACAGGAGCGCUGGAGGAGGCAGCAGUAGCACUCAGACGCUCACGAAGAGCACGUCCUGCAGGGGGUCACUGACAUUUAACUGCACAGAUCUCUACAGCCUCUAAAAAUGGAUAGCGGGUGUCAUUGUUCGGCCAACAGCGACAGGCUUUCGAAUCCCAUCCUCUUCAACAUCCUGAGCCAAAUGGAUAACAGCAAGCCGAGCCAAAACAGCCUCAACUACAGCUCAGUACCUCACAGAUGCAACUGUGAGCUGCGGCGGACAGUGUGCUUGAAAAGGCCGUCUGAGAUUUGCAGAGAAGCUUCAGCCGUUCUGGUUAAAACCGUCCAGUUCAUGAGGAACCUGCCUGCUUUUAACCAGAUGCCACCAAACGACCAGUUCUCACUUCUCAAAAGCUGCUGGGCACCGCUCUUCAUUUUGGGCCUGGCCCAGGAGUGUGUGGACUUUGAGGUGAUGGACAGCCCUGCGGACAGCAUGCUGAAGAAGAUUCUACUGAACCGCCAGGAGAGCCCGGGGAUGGAGAGGGAGCAGCCCACCAUAGCUGGUGUCAGCAAACUCAAGUCCUGCCUCAAAAAGUUUUGGAGUCUGGAUCUGAGUCCAAAGGAGUACGCAUACCUCAAAGGGACCACAAUAUUUAAUCCAGACGUCCCAGAUUUAAAGGCAGCUCUGUUCAUUGAAGGCUUGCAACAAGAAGCUCAGCACGCCCUCAGCGAGGUGGUCCGGCUCCUCCACCCGGGGGACGGGGAGCGCUUCGCUCGGAUCCUCCUCACCGCCUCCACGCUGCAGAGCAUCACACCCGGCCUCAUCUCUGAACUCUUCUUCCGGCCCGUGAUAGGCCAGGCUGAUCUGCUGGAGCUGCUGGUCGACAUGCUCUUCUGCAGGUAGAAGAAGACGGCUGGACUUUAUGCAACUGUCCUGGAGAAAGUUAAAUCCAGGGGUUUUUUUUAACAAUGGUGCUGCAGAACUUUUUGUUGACCCACCCAUGCAAUGUUUGCUCGUUGAAUGAAGGAAAUGCUUGACAGUGGACUUAUCGAAGACAACAAAAACACAAGACUAUGAAUUUCUUACAUUUAUGUUAAAGCUAAGGUCACUUUAGCCCAGUCUGAAAUGUUUUGAUCCUUGAAAGUGGAGAGAUUUGACUUUCCGGACUGUAUUUCAUGUUAAAGAUCUUUUUUGUGAUCUUAAUGUUGUAAAUAAGUGUUGUCUGCAUUGACAGAAUAUGUCAAAUAAAUAUAUUUUUGUACACGAACUUAA